AUGCCAUGCGGAUCAUACUGCCUGUAUAACCAGCAGUUUAUUAAAUGUAGAAGCAAUUGGACAGCAUAUAUUCUCGGAGUGGUCAUUGCAGCAAUACUGGCACUUGUCAUUAUAUUAACAUUCUUAUGCUGCUUCAACAACUCAUUUUACACCACAUCUAUACAAGUGGGUGCUUGGUUGCUGACAAGAUCAGACAAAAGAAGAGCAUUUCAAGUAAAGAGGCACAACAAAAUAACUGGGAGGAAUGAUCAAGUUAAGUUCAGGGAAUUUAGCGUCCCAAACAAUGAUCUAAUGAACAAAAUUAUAGACACAAGACUGGCACUAAGAAAGGAUGUCAACGGUGAUGAGCCAUUGUAUGGAGACAUCAUUUACAAGGAAAGGAAUGAAGGCGAAACAAACAUGAAUUAUGAACCAAAGAAUUUACUGAAGCCAAGAACAAAACCAUCAUUGCCAGAAUUGCCGCCAAGAACAAACUCGAGUCAGUCGAGAUGUGUCUAUUACACAGGUCAUGAUGCUAAUAUGUACCUUCUUGCAUGUUUAUUUAUUGUAUGCCUGUCAGGCACACUAACACAUGCAUGUGAUAAGGUUUUGUAUCUUUCUAGCAAAGGGACAGUAUGUGUGAAAGAUAAAUGCCAGCCAAUAGACACAUACAUGACCACUAUAACACAAGGUCAGGUAAUAUGUUUCAAUGAUAUUAACGGAGACAUGCUAAAACUCAGAAUCAAAAAAGGGACCCAUAUUUCAAGGUACACCAAGCUAUACAAGACUUGCUCUUAUAAUGUAACGACAACAAGGUGGUAUAAUUGCAAAGGCAGUGGCGCAUGUUGGGAAGGAAAUAGAUGCACUGUUAAUUACGAACUAAACACACUGAGUAGGGUUACAAAAGAGCCGCAUGGAUAUGGGUGCCAAAUAGACUCAUUGGGCUGUGAUGUGUACUGCCAUUACACAUCGAGAUGUGUAUGGUAUAGAUGGCAGGUCAAUCCUGACUACAGCAACUGUGGAUUAGUUUAUGCUAAAUCUUCUGAGCUGUGGAUUGUGGAAAUAGAAACAACUUACAGAGGAAUCAAGAAGGUUGUUACCUUAAACAGCAACACUCCUUUUGUAAAUAUGGAGACUAUGAUGCCUUCAACUGCCUUGAACAUACCACUAGUGAUAAAUACCUUUACAUAUGAAAGGCCAGCUUCUCGUCCAACCAUGUUAUCAUACAAGGGGAAAUAUUAUGGGGUAGUAGCUAGUGCACUAAACAUGCCUCAAGAGAACAUAAUUGGUGAUUUACAGAUAUCACUUGACACUGCUCAGAGUAUUGUAUUUAGUGAAGUCCACCUCCCCUGUUCCACAGCAGGUUGCAUAGUGUCAUGCACAACUAAGGAGCCAGCAUUAAACAGGCUCACAUCCAACUCUCCAUAUUUACUGUCUAAGGAUGACUUCAGAACUGUGGUGUCUGAAAGUGAGAACUGGGUGAGUAGGAACGAAGAUGUCACAGGGACAGUAACAAUAUCGUUUGGAAGUGUGCAGCUUAAGGAACUAGUUGUUAUUGAUGCAAAAUGCAGAAUCAACAUCAUAAUGACAUCUGCCUGUGAUGGAUGUUUAGAUAAGCCUUUUGCCGUGAUGUCCUCAGAUAAGAUGACUACAGAUGGUGCAGUGGAGUACAUAUCAAACUGCACCUGGGAUGUGCCAUUCUUUCAAUGUUCCAAUGAACCUUACAUAGCCAAGCAACUUUCAUCAAACAAGAAUUGUAGAGUUGAAAUACCAAAGCUUAACCAAACCUUAGAUUUUGAUUUUGAAUACAUCUUCCGAGGAGAAAUUAGCAGCAUGAGGAGUAUACAAUCAGAAAGUUUCGCUGAUAUAGCAGCAAAUAUUGGAACUGACCCAAAUUUCUGGGGUUCACUGGUGAGUUCCUUAACUAUGAUGCUUAGUCUUACUACAAUAGGAACUAUGCUUAUUAAGUUAGGUAGGUUAGGUGUUUUAUCUAUUGCAAAAGAGAGUCAGAAAAGGCCUGACCUGGUUAUAAUUCCUAGGCUCUUUAGUUUUAUGACUUAG